AAUUCCCAUCUUUAAUGAGUGGUCCUAUUAUAAAAAUUAUCAACCCCAAACUUGGCCAAGAUAAACUACUAUCUUAAUUCACUUCAGGCUCAGGCCUUCGUUACGAGGUGAGGAUCUGAAAAAUGGAGAUUAAACAUCUUCAAAUGGAAGGUGGAGAAAUUUCUCCAUCUAAAAAAGUAAUUGAGUGGUCAAUAUCUGGAUCUAAGCUCAAGAUAGCGGACCACUACUCCCACGGGCUCGGCGUCGUCGGCACCGACGAGAUCCCCCGGCGGUCGGAGCUCGUCGUCCUUCCGAACCACGCGCACCUUCGCUUCUGCCGAGACCCCGAGUCCGAUGGCGGUGGCAAGGGCUCUGAUUCCGUUCUGAGACGUCCCGGUCAUUUUAAUAUAUUCGGAGUUAUCUUUCCCAAAUUCAGCAACCAAUGGCCAAUUUACUUGACAAUCUAUCGAGGUAAGCUUGGGGGGUCCUGGAUUGGAAGAUGGCCGCUUAGCUGCCUUACAAGGACUUCUUUCGACUGACAAGGAAACAGUACUGUGGCAUGAUUCGAACGCUCUAAUGCCAUUGUCAGAGGAAGCUCCUUUAGGAGUGUCUUCAACUGUUAUUUCCCUCUCUGUCAUUACACUGGAGCACUUCCCCACAAAGAUAAUGGAGGUUGAAUCCAUUUUGAAAGGGAAUGUUUCCAGUUCAACAGGACUGUCCGUCCAAUUCAGGAUGCAAAAGAAGUUGAUGAUCAUAGAUGUGAUGCAAAAGCUUACUCAGAGAGUUCAGAUGCUAUUGAAGGACAAAUUCACUACCCCAAGUUAGUAUGUUUUUACUGUCAAUGGCUGUAAUCUAAACUCUCCCAACUUAUGAAUUGCCUUGGUGGAUUAUCACUCUCUUCUUUGUUAGCAAGCUUCCAUGGAAAGAGCUUUUUCUGUAUUUUGUUGCUUCACAUGUUAACUUGGACAAUUAUAUCGUUCCAUCCAGCAACUUCCAGCAUGUUGCUAUUCUCCCA